AACACAACAUCAGUCAUCGUUGCCAGAUCAUUGCUCUCCAAUUCACUUCCCGUCACCCCACCACCACCCAUUAACCUCGCACUCAAACUGCCUGAUCACGCUUUCGAGUCGUGAUCACCCCGUCGUCAAGACGUUUUCCAAUCUCCUCAACUCGACUCACCACCCGUUUGCAGGAGCCCGUUGCUCUGCCUCGCCCGGGGGAUCAGCGGACUCGGCCAAAGAAAUCUAAGGCCAGUAGCAGAUCAAACAGCUACUCAAUUCCACGAACCCAUUCCCCACGCCAAGUCAAGCCAUCCCAACCAAGUACACCAUGGCUCCCCACGCUGAGGCUGAUUCGGGCUCCCUGCACGGAGAUGGACAAUCCAACGGCCACCAGGCCGCUGUGGCUGCCACCGCCACUCGUGAGCUCUUCACUGUCAACUCGUCCAAUGUGACGUACACGGACAACGAGAUCCUGUCCAAGUACACCUAUCGCACCACGGACGUCGCCAAGGACGAGAGCGGCAAGUUUGUCGUGACCCCCGUCGAGACCGUCUACGAAUUCAAGACGGAGCGCAAGGUCCCCAAGACCGGCAUGAUGCUGGUCGGCCUCGGCGGCAACAACGGCACCACCGUGACGGCCGGCAUCAUUGCCAACCGCCGCGGCCUCACGUGGCAGACGCGGGAGGGUGUCCGGGCCGCCAACUACUACGGCUCCGUCAUCAUGAGCUCCACCAUCAAGCUCGGCACCGACACCAAGACCAGGAAGGACGUCAACAUUCCCUUCUCGGACAUCCUGCCCAUGGUCCACCCCAACGACCUCGUCAUUGGCGGCUGGGACAUUAGCGGCCUCAACCUGGCCGAAGCCAUGGACCGCGCCCAGGUGCUCGAGCCUACGCUCAAGCAGCAGGUGGCCAAGGAGAUGGCCCAGAUUGUGCCUCUGCCUUCCAUCUACUACCCGGACUUCAUCGCCGCCAACCAGGAGGACCGCGCCGACAAUGUGCUGCCGGGCACCAAGGCCUGCAACGAGCACGUCGAGCAGAUCCGCAAGGACAUCCGCGACUUCAAGGAGAAGAACGGCCUCGACAAGGUCAUUGUCCAGUGGACGGCCAACACGGAGCGCUACGCGGAGCUCAUCGCCGGCGUCAACGACACGGCCGACAACCUCCUCAAGGCCAUCGAGCAGGGCCACGAGGAGGUGUCGCCGUCGACCGUCUUCUCGGUGGCGAUGAAGUCGGCGCUCGUCGACUUCCUCAUCAACGCCGGCAUCAAGCUGACGUCGAUUGCGAGCUACAACCACCUCGGCAACAAUGACGGCAAGAACCUCAGCUCGCAGAAGCAGUUCCGCUCCAAGGAGAUCUCCAAGUCCAACGUUGUCGACGACAUGGUCGAGGCCAACACGGUCCUCUACAAGGAGGGCGAGCACCCCGACCACUGCGUCGUCAUCAAGUACAUGCCGGGCGUGGGCGACAACAAGCGCGCGCUCGACGAGUACUACGCCGAGAUCUUCAUGGGUGGCCACCAGACCAUCUCCAUGUUCAACGUGUGCGAGGACUCGCUGCUGGCGUCGCCGCUCAUCAUUGACCUCGUGCUCGUCGCCGAGAUGAUGACGCGCAUCCAGUGGAAGGCCACGUCGGUCGACGAGGCCGCCGGCAAGGGCUUCAAGGGCUUCCACAGCGUGCUCAGCGUGCUGAGCUACAUGCUCAAGGCGCCCCUGACGCCCCCCGGCACGCCCGUCGUCAACGCCCUUGCCAAGCAGCGCUCGGCCCUGACCAACAUCUUCCGCGCCUGCGUCGGUCUCGAGCCGGAGAGCGACAUGACGCUCGAGCACAAGCUCUUCUAG